AUGCAAAUUAAAGGCAUCAUCACAAAAAGGGUCAAAAUCAAGAUAUCCAAUAGGUUUGAAAAAAAAAUUCUUGUGAUUUUGCCGUAUGGAUAUUUGCAGCCGUAUAUCUCUACGCCCGCGCUGGGUGCAGGCGAGCGAUGCACCGAAUUCAGCUCGCUCAGCACCGCGAAUUCAGCACAUCUGCACUCCCUGAUUAGUGAGCGUGGAAGAUCAACUCCACGAAUAAUGGAACACACAGAAACUUGUAGGAUCCUCGACGAGCCCACGGGGACCACCCCCGACAACUCGGAUGCAAAUAUAUCGUUUUUUUCUCAAACUCCAAGAGAAUUAGCUAAUUCUGGAAUGAUAUAUGAUGUCAACGAAAACCCCAUGGACGAAGCUGCCAUGAACGAAAUACACCAAGAGUGCGACAAGCACAUGAAUGUUAAUAACGGAAACCCCAUAGAACUUAACCACGAAAACAUGAACCUUUACAAUUCCAUUUUCGAAAACCAGUCUUCGCAAGCAAGUUACUCGCUGCCCAGUUCUCGAGCCCACCCUUCUCCCGGCACAGCAUCGACACUGACUGUAGAGACAGAGACGUUCAGGCGGUCGCAGGCUGCUGCCACGCAGAGCACGAGUCUGCGUAAAACUAAAGUGAAAGGUGUGAGCGAAGAAGAAGCUGCAUUGCUAGCACGAGACGAUACUGAGCUUUCAGACAAAGAAUUGCAGCUUAAGCGGAAGGCCCAGAAUAGGCUUGCACAGCGGGCGUUCCGGGAGCGGAAAGAGACCAGAAUGAAGGAAUUAGAGCUCAAACUCACUCAAUCUGAAGAUGAGAAAAAACGACUUCUUGACCAGUUGGACUUGAUCAGAAAACACAACCUCAACAUGCAAAGCGAAAACGAACGGUUGAGAAGUUUAGCGUCGCUGACCGCCGCGGAACACCCCGAUACCAAACCGCCAAGUGGGUUUUCAUUUGCAUUUCCAAGUACCCAGGAGGACUUUGUGCACAACUUGGUGGGAAAUGCACACGAAAUAGACACCAACAACAUCAACAGGGUGUACGAGAUUCCUCAGGAGCCAGGCGAGAAAAUCUUGGCGGUGGGUGCUGUUUGGGACUACUUGGUGCGUAUGGCUGAAGACCUGGACAAGGAUAUUGAUGUCAUUGAAAUAAUGGAAAAACUCAAGGGCCAUGAACGAUGCCACGGCUAUGGGCCAGCAUACCCAUUGAAGUUGGUACAAGAGGUGGCAGAAAGAUGCAGCUCUUCGUGA